AACCCUAAUUUCGGUUUUUCGAAAUUAUUGGAAGAAGCCGGAGGCUCGGGAAAUAUUUUUAGAGGAUCUCAGUAUUCAUCUGGAGUUUAUUAAAAAUAUUUAGAGAAUCAGAACGGGAGCGGAAAAAUAUUCGGGAUUGAUCGCGGGACGAAAAUUUACCAGAAAGACCGAAAUCGCACAAAUCAACCGGGAAGCUCGAGGUGGCCCUAUCUGAGAGAUCAGGACGUGCUGUCCUUCAUCCAAGCAUCUUAGUGUCUCCGUAGCACGAUAUGUCUCCGCAGGAUGAAGCCUCACAUGCAGCAUGACACCCAAAGCACGACAUGACCUCGUCUUGACACCCAGAGGCCCGUGUGUCGCGAUGCAUGAGCUCCAGCCAUGCUGAAUGACAUCUGGACGUGGUGCUGGCUUCUGGCAUGCAGAGGAGUCAUGCAUGGUGACAUUUGGACGCCCGUGUGUCGCCGCGCAUGCGACCGGAAGCAUGCGGGACGACACACAGGCGAUGGAGUGGCACCAUUUCAAUGGUUGGCCAUAUCUAUAUAAACCCAGCUCCCCCAGCUCGUUUCAUUCAUUCCACACACUCAAACAUCACUCUAAAACUUGGGCUAGAGAGAGAAAGUGAAGUAGAAAAAGGAAGUGAAGGAUUUGGAGCUGUUUUGAAGAAGUUAGAGCAUUUUUAAGAGCCAUUGUUCUACCGAAAGUCCGAGAAGAAGAUCCAGAAGUCCGAGGAGGUUCUGUCCAAGUCCUGAUUCGUCCAUACCAGUCCAUUGAAGACAGAGGCAUUGGUUUUUGGCUAGGCUUUCUCCGAUCAACCAGCUGCAAGAACACUGUUGCUGUACUGGUGUGGUAGGGUGGAGAUUUGGAGUUACGGAGGAUUUCGACGUUUCGCCUAGUCCUAUACUUGCCGAUCUUUUUCAGCCGCAUGAGUUUGAUCAGAUCGUACCAGACAUGUUUCCGACACCUAUCAUCAUUUCUGAUGAUGACACCGAGCCUGAUGAUGCGGUUCCGACACCCUUUAUUGUCAUUUCUGACGAUGAGACCAAUGCGGAUGAUCUUGUUCCGCAGAUGCCUACGGUAGCACCACCGAGCCCCAUCACUAUCUUGUCUACGGGUACUACUGGAGAUACGCCGAGUUAUGAUCCUGCUGAGGAUCAGGGCACUUCGCCACCUACUCCAGAUGUGUCGACACCAUCAUAUGGUCCCUUACCUUUGUCUCCGGGAUUACCCGAUCCUACUCUCAGCCCGACGAUUGACAUACAUUAUGAGAUGGGUCUGGAGGGAUUUUACGAUCUGCCGAUGGAGAGUAUUGGUGACAGCCAUGAUGAUCCAUUACUUUACUAUCCAGACAUCAUGAUUCCUGAUGAGCCAGCAAACUAUCAGUCCAUGGAGAGCGUUGGACACCCUGAUGACGACCCAUUCCUUUAUGAUCCAGACGUGAUGAUGAUGGACCAGCCACUUCCUCAGCCGGCGGACUUAUCUUUUUCUCAUACUAUACCUGCGAGUGGAGAGCCUUCCAGCUUUCCACCCAUGGAGCCAUCCACGACCUACUCACCAUUAUCUCAGCCAUUCUAUGACUACGGAGAGCCUUCCAGCUUUCCGACGAUGGAGGUACCCAAGACUGAAUUACCAUUUUACCAGACCACUUAUCAGACCGGAGGGCCAUCUAGCCUUCCAGCGAUGGAUGCAUCUUUUGAUCUUGGAGGAUCUGCUUCUUCUGGUGAUCCUUACGCACCUCAGUCCUAUCGAUGUUUUUGGUGUCAGAGCAGGAUAUGUGGAUCCACACGGAUUCCCAUAUCAUACUUAUCUUGGUAGAUCGGAUCUGUACCCGAGGUGUUUUACUUGUGGAGGCAUAGCACAUUCGACUGGCGUGUGCACGAGCUACGACGAGCCAGCAGCGAUACCCUACCUACACAGUGCGCAACCAGCAGGGGAUUCGUCCGAGUGGGGCUACUGCCCCAACUGCGACAUGUUGCUUUAUAUAUGGCGUUCUUAGACGUGUAGGACCGGGUAAGUAGGGUACAGACUUUUUGUGGUGAUAUAGCGGUGUAUAGACUUUUGUAGUGUUUUGUGACAGCUGAUGUCUUUUGUUGUAUGAUAUAUCAUCAGUAACGAUAAAGGAUGUUUUUCUGUCAAGUAUAUGUAUAUAUUUGAUGGGAGGAUAUGUUUUAUAGUGAAGGUGGUUAUCAUUUGCGUUUUUCUAUUUAGUAAUUACGUAACCAUAUCAUUCAAGUAUGCAUGUUCUUGCAUAUUUGAAUUAUGUGGUUUACAAGAUGAAAAAUAGUGAUCGCUUGGACAUAUGGUUUUACAAAACAUUUACAACUGUUUAAAUAUCACACAAAUCGUUGGUACAGUAGAGUCUUAGUUUUUAGGCCGCAUUUUUUUAGGGCUGGUUAGUGGAACAUAGAAUUGCUAGGUUGUUGGUUAGAAUUGCGGUUAGAUUACCCGGUUAGAAUCGUUAGGUUGCUGGAUAGAUUUGGUAGGUUGCUGGUUAGUUUUGGAUUAGAUUGUUAGGUUAGUUGUUAACUAACUUGCAUGUGAAGUGUUCUUUUGAGUUGCAGCUUGUGUGUUCGUUGAUCGGAACUUUAAGGAAUGGAAACCUUAAAGUGAAAAGAGUUCAAGGCUAAAAACCCAAAAUGAAGAGAGAGAGAUUUAGAGGGACUGGACAGUGGUAUGGACUGGACAAGUAUGAGAAAGACUUCGUUGAGAAAGGACUUCAUCAGUUUUGGGAAAAGAAAGGUUUCAGUGAUCAGAAGCAAAGAUGGUGCGCGUUAUGGCAGAGUAAAUGCAAGAAGACGAUUCAGUAUUCAUCAAGUGAAGAGUUUUGUGGCAACUUUGAGAAGGAGACUCAUGGGAGAGCAGUAGAUACGGUGAAGCAAUAUGAAGAUGAAUUCAGCAUGAGAGUGAAGCGAUAUGGAGAUGAGUUAAGAAUGAGUGAAGCAUGGGAAAUCAAGAAGUGAAGGACGGAUUCAAGACUAAAGGAAUGCUUUGAGAUGUAUCAAGACGGAGUGAGUUCAGAACCAGAAGUUUGGGUGGAGACCAGAGAAACCGAAAGGAGGAAACCAAGG